AUGCUUGGUAUUAACAAUCAAGUGGCUUCUUCUGUUUCUCCAACAGUAACAAUUGAAACGGCUGAUUUAGAAGAUGGUCAUCCAAAUCAUCAACUAUGGAAAAAAUUGACUGAUACGGGACGUUACUCAUUUCCUGGCCGUCUAUUUAUAUGCAAGCAAUGCCGAUCAUCAUCUCUAAAAAAAACGGCAACAAGCAAAGAAGCAAGAGAAAAAGUUGAACACUUUCUGAGCGUGUUGACAAAGAAACGUAAUCUUAUAUUAGAAUUGCUUGUUUACGAAGAAUGGAAUAGUGUUGAUGCAAAUUGA